AGGAGAAGGAAGCAAACGAGAGGAGAAAGUGGAAGCAAGAGAGUGUCAGUGAAAGAAGGCAGUCUGACUGCACAAAAAAGGCGCUCGGCAAAUAGCGCGCACUCAUUGAGUCAGUUAAAUUCUGAACACGGAGGGCUUGUGCAUUUGAGCUCAAGAAAACAGUUUUCAGUGUGGAGGGACAGGACAGAGACAGACAGAAACAGAGGAAGUGGAGUGAAAAGAGGAGAGGAGAGGUUCUUUGUGGAGAGAUGGACUCAGAUUCUGGGGAUCAGAGUGAAGGAGAGAUCUCUCCAGGGCAAGAGAGCUUCAACUCCAAGAGUUUGGCCCUUCAGGCCCAAAAGAAGAUCUUGAGUAAAAUGGCCACCAUGGCCGUGGCAAACCUCCUCACGGACGACACCAGCAGCGAGAUUCUGGACGAACUCUACAAGGCCAGUCGUGAAUACACCAAGAGCAAAAAGGAAGCCCACAAGAUCAUCAAAGAUGUCAUCAAGAUCGCACUGAAAAUUGGCAUUCUCUACCGGAACCACCAGUUCAGUCAUGAUGAGAUGGAGACCGUUGAGCGCUUCAAAAAGAAGAUGAACCAGGCAGCCAUGACGGUGGUGAGCUUUUACGAGGUGGAGUACACGUUCGACCGCGGCAUUCUUUCCGAGCUGCUGAUGGAAUGUAGGGACCUUCUUCACGAGCUGGUGGAGCACCACUUGACCAUGCGGUCCCACGGGCGAAUCGACCACGUCUUCAACCAUUUCGCAGACGUGGAUUUCCUGACCGAGCUGUACGGCCCAUCUGAAGAUUACAGAUUUAACCUGAGGAAGAUCUGCGACGGGAUAAACAAACUCCUAGAUGAAGGCACACUUUAACCUCCAGUUCACAGUCCGUCAGAUGAGACUCCAUCAGGCCGCUGGGAUUCGAACUGAGCGAUUUUACACAACUUGUGUGAUUUUUGUUUGAAAGAUGGGCUGUCAUGAUAACUUGAUGAUGGGAUUGUAACCCAACCUGUAGGGGAUGGUCACCCAGACGCAGAUUAAAGUCAAAUCCUGGUCUAUUUUGUCAACAUUCCGAAUGAUUGUUUGGGGAAAAUCUGUUUAAGUAGAAAACCUGAAUGAAUCGGUGUCCCUAAAACUUGCCCUUUGUGUGAAAUUGCAGGAACGUUUUAAAUUACAAGCUCCUUUAUAUGCACUGUAUGAAAUUUGACCUACCUAUCCUUUAUGAAUGGCCUAUCAAUGCAACCCUAGCUCUCUUCAGUAUGUCUACAAGAACCAGUUAAGAUGUCCAGUUAAUCUACUCGAAAGUUAAAGGGAUAUAGUUCACCCCGAAAUGGACAGUCUGUCGUCAUUUACUCAUCCUCGUGAUGUUCCAAACCGGUAUGGCUUUAUUUUUUACUGCGGAACACAAAGGAGAUGUUUAGCAUAAUCUUUCAAGGUCUCCUUUUCCGUAAAAUGAAAUCAACGGGAACAAAAAGUAACAAUAAAUGUACCAUAAAAAUAAUCCACUGAAAUUUGUCCAUAUUCACUGAUAAUUUCCCCUUCUGACAACUUUUUUCAUUAUACCAAAAUUAGAUAAAACAAUCAGUUAUUAAAGUUGCACAAAACAAUGUCAUUUGGUUUUAUUGAUGGCAAACCUGACCCAAUUUGUUCUCACAGCAUAUUUGAAUGUGGAAAUGAACUUAAAUAUAUCAUUACUUCAUUUUGAAGUCCAACGCCAUUCACUUUCUUGUAUGGAUCACCUCUAAGUAACACAGGCUUGAAACAAGAUAAGGCAAGUAAAUGAUGAUGGAAUUUAUAUAUUUUGGAUGUGCUAUCGCUUUAAGAUUGCAAAAGCAUUGAGAGUUUAAUAAAAAAUGGCGCAGACCUUUGUUGAACAGAGUGUUUGCCAAAAAUAAAUAACUGAAGUGCAGCAGAAAGAUUGUAAAUAGACUUUGGGGUUUUGGUCUUUUCUCUUUUGCCUUUGUAAUGACUCAGUGUCACAGCAGCUCCCAUGAUCCUGCUUGGUUUUUCCAGAUCCUGAUGUUUCAGAGCAUGUAAAUGUGUGUAUACAUGCAGGAGAGAAAUGUGACUAUUCCAUAAGCCUGUUCAGUAACCCCAGAGUGUAGCACUAUUAGCUAUCAUUAAACGGUCCAUAUGAA